GUUUACGCGCUUUGCAUGGCUCACAGUGCAACACGUGCAGCGUGUGUUAUAUAUUGGUCAAAAAAUAAUUAAUUCUCUUCCCCUCUGCUUAGCAGUUAACUUCGAUGGAGAACUCGUUGAAUAGUCGAUUCUGCCGUUGGAAUAUAUACUUGUGCCAAGUUAUGUUUUAACGUCUUUAUAUACAAAGUUCAUUAUAAUAUAAUUUACACUUUUAACAUUUUAUAUCCAAAUGUAUACGUAUAAAUAAUAAAUAAUAUAUAUACAAAAAAAAAAUAAAAAGAAAAAAAAAGUAAUAGCGUUACAAAAAACUAUGACAUAGGAUAUGUUUAUCUGUAAAGAAAAUAAUAUUUUAUAUUGUGACGUCAGCGCAAUGAACGAAGUAGUAAAACGACGUGGGGAAUGGAAAACCUAUGGCCUUCACAAAUUCCCUGCAUAGAUAUGCAAGAAACGAGAAGAAAGUUGAAAUAUAUCAAGUCAUGAGUUAUAAGAGCGGAUCUAAGAGAAGGAUAAGCUGACGAUCGAGUGCGAUAAUGACGUCGGAGCCACUGUCGGCGGGUGGCAGUCCGGCGUUGCUACAUCGUUCUCUCCUCACCCCGCAUUUUGUCUUGCGCUCGACGACUUUAGAACCAGACUCCAAGACUCGCGACGGAAAGCCUUCCGGCGUCACCUCCUACUACGCGACUUCGUCCGUAAGAUUUCAAACUCUCGACAUGGUGGACAAGUCAAUCAGGGACGUCAGUGAAAACCUCGACGACGAAGCUGCUGCAGGCAGAGGGAAAGGCGAGGGAGCUGGAGGAGGACGCCUGACUGCGCCGAGAAUGUCAUUAUUGGGCCGACCGAUAAAUUACAGGGCGACACGCAGAGACGCCCGAUACCGUAGAAUCCAGACCAACUUCUAUAAUUUUCUUGAGCGGCCUCGGGGCAUUUAUGCCAUCACUUACCACAUGAUCGUAUUUUGCAUGGUCUUCAUGUGCUUAGUGCUUUCGGUCUUCAGCACUAUUGACGAGUACGAAAAAGAAGCAGGUUUACUACUUUACUACAUGGAGCUUGUUGUCUUAAUAUGGUUUAGUGGAGAGUUUUGCUUUAGGCUUUGGUCAUCAGGAUGUCGUUCACGUUAUCAAACGGCGAUGGGCCGGUUAAAAUUUCUUCGUCGGCCAUUUUGUAUAAUCGAUAUGAUAACUAUUAUGGCCAGUAUUGUAGUACUAGCAAUGAGAAGCAGCGGUCAAGUAUUUGCCGCAAGUGCUCUUCGUGGUCUUCGAUUUUUUCAGAUAUUGAGAAUGGUUCGUAUGGACCGUCGUGGAGGAACAUGGAAACUAUUAGGCAGUGUUGUUUAUGCUCAUCGUCAAGAACUUUUUACAACUCUAUAUAUCGGCUUCCUUGGAUUAAUAUUCGCAAGUUUCCUAGUUUACUUAGCUGAGCGUGAUGAUGAGCACUUCAAUAACUACGCAAAGGCACUCUGGUGGGGAGUGAUUACUUUAUGCACUGUUGGCUACGGAGAUGCUGUGCCAAAAACUUGGCAGGGAAAAAUUAUUGCAUCUUUUUGUGCACUCUUGGGAAUAUCGUUUUUUGCUUUACCUGCUGGUAUUCUUGGCUCCGGCUUUGCUCUUAAAGUACAACAGCAACAGCGUCAGAAGCACAUGAUCAGAAGACGUCAACCGGCAGCUACUCUUAUUCAAGCUCUUUGGAGAUGUUACGCGGCUGAUGAACACAGUGUAAGUGUAGCCACUUGGAAAAUUCAUCAGGUGAUAUUACCGUCUAGUCCACCUAGUCGCUUAUCUUCCAGUUUCAAACACAAUGCAUCAUUUGUCAGUCGACUACCAACGAUUCGUCGUCAUAAAAGUACAUCACUCCAUAGUCCAAGUACUCAUAAGUUAGCUCAUCAUAACUAUCAACGUAAUACAAACUCGCGCACAUUUACUGAUCUCAUAGUAUCUACUGAAAAUUUGGGUCCGUUAAUGUUGAUAGGAUUAAAUAACAACCACGGAAUUAUAUGUAAUGAUGGCAACGAAACCAUGUCCGGAAAAAACCUUAAUGCAAGUUAUUCAGAAGACUCGGUAGCUGAAACAGCACUAUCGAAAAAAAAUUCAGAUGAUGAAGAAGAUGAGCCACGAUGUGUCCAUUUGACCAAACAACACAAGACAGCAAUUCGAGCAAUUCGAAAGAUAAAAUUCUUGGUGGCGAGACGAAAAUUCAAAGAGGCUCUGAAGCCAUAUGAUGUUAAAGAUGUGAUUGAGCAGUACAGUGCAGGCCACGUCGACCUCAUCAGCCGCGUUAAAAAUAUUCAAAAUAGAUUAGAUCAAAUUCUUGGGAGACAGGGUUCAAAAGCAAGAGAUGUAUAUGUAUCUAAAAUCAGCCUGGCAUCCAGGGUCGUAAAAGUAGAAAGACAGGUAGAUGACAUCGAAACAAAAUUGGACCAACUAAUAGAAUUAUAUGUGGAGGAUCGUAAACGUCUUUUAUCGCUUCCAUUGCCAACAGUGGAAACUCGUCAUGUGCCUCAUUCACCGUUGGCUCCAACAGAUGAAACUGGUGUCACAACAACAGUUCUUAAGCCAAUUUUAGUUGACAAACAGUUGUCGGAACCAAGUUCUCCAACAUCUAAAACAAUACGAAUUGGAAAACAACAGAAACCUCGACAAAUACACCGAGGUUAUUCAGAUCUUGGAAGCAGAGUCAAGAAGCGCGUUACCCUUAGCUCAAUACCGCCAAAUUUGAUGCACUUGGAUGAAGCAACGACAACAAGAUCAUCAAGUGUAUACUCUACAAAAGAUGUAUUACCACAUUCAAGAGAAGAUGGUGUUAUUAUUAUUGUGCCUACACUUCCAGACAGAACCGAAUCAUUGUCUUCAACAAAUCAGACAUCACCAGUAAAUGGUGAUUUUGUAACUGUUGAAUGCGAUCCAGACAGAGGGUCUGAAUAUAAUACUGAAAACGAAACUGAAGAUACUGGUGAGGAAGCUGCGCUUCUCGGUUCUUCUGAAUCACCAUCGACCAAUUCGCCAGGCUCUAUUAAUCCUGGGGGUAAUAAUAAUAUUGAUCAAAUGAAACAAUAAAUCACAAACCAACGAGAUUAGGUCAUUUUAAAGAUUUAUCACCAAUGGUAGUUUAAUUUAAUUAUAAUAAAAUAGGGUCUACUAAAUUAUAUACUUUUCUAGACCAUUUUAGACCAGCUGUAAUGUGUGGGUACAAUUCCAAAUAGCUUCCCCUCGCAAUGCAAUAUUAUCUCGUAGGGAUAAGCGCCCAAUAAUAUUGUAAUAGAGUCUGUGAAUGAUGGAAUUUAUUCACAGUGACAAUAUUAAUAUGUAAAUUUAAUUUAACAAAAAAAAAACGGCCUCUUAUAUAUUUGCUAUAACUUAAUCACUUUUUGUUUUUCAUUAUCCCGUAUUCAAAUAAUUAUAAAAAAUUAUAAACUCAAAGAAAUGGCGCAAAAAUAUUUAUAAUAACUAGUGAGAGUAUUUAUUAUACUUUGCAGGUAUCUCUUUUGAG